CCGCUGUCCCCGGGCGGUGCAGGGUGGCCGCGGAGCCGCUGUGCCCCGGGGAGCAGCCGCCGCCGCCCCUAAGCGAUGCCGCUGCCGCAGGGCUCUGCCCGGGUGCGGCAGCGCACCGUGCUGCUGGUGGGCAUCGCCGUCCUGCUGGCCGCCCUCGUCCUCGCCGUGGUGCUGGCCUCCCUGCUGACCCACGGAAGGCACGAGGUCAGCCCCCAAAUGCUGAAGUGGAAGGACAGGGGGACCACUAAGAACUUGCAAGAAGUCAUCCUGGGAAGAUGCUACAACUACAUCACGGCGCAGCACCCAGAGCUGGGAGAUAAGGAUUGUCUAAAAAUAUGGGAAUCACUAAAAGAUGCAUUCAUUUACAAGAAUCCCUGUAAUAUCACACCAGAAGAUUAUCAGCCUUUAAUGGAGCUAGCAAGUCAUCCUGUACCCUGUAACAAGUCACUGUUUUGGAGCAAGACAGGUGACCUCGCUCAUCGUUACACAAAAUCCAACCAAAAUUUCCUUACCUUGGAGGACACCUUGUUGGGUUAUAUGGCUGAUAAAAUUUCAUGGUGUGGAGACCCCUCUGCCCCAGGGAUCAACUAUGAAUCUUGUCCAAAACGAAGUGAAUGUGAGAGCAACCCUGGCUCUGUGUUCUGGAAAAUGGCAUCCAAGAUGUUUGCAGAAGCAGCAUGUGGUGUGGUUCAAGUGAUGCUCAAUGGAUCAGUGGAAGCUGGAGCUUUCAGAAGCAGCAGCAUUUUUGGAAGUGUUGAGGUCUUUAACCUGGAUCCAGAUAAAGUCUCUGAAGUGCACAUUUGGCUUAUGCAAGACAUUGGUGGACCUCAAAGUGAAUCCUGCUCAGGUCAUUCCAUUCAGAGGUUAAUAAGCAUUUUAGAAGAGAGAAACUUUAAGAUCAUCUGUGAAGACAAUUACAGGCCUGUUCAGCUCCUUCAGUGUGUGCAUAGCCCUGACCACACAGACUGCAGGCUUUGCACCAACAGCACAGCAAUUCCCUGAAACAGAUUUCUCCGUGCUGCUGAAGAAUUCAUUACUUGUGUGUAACGCUGGAGAAGAUGUGGCUACAUAGCUAAGAGUGAUAACAGUAGCAUGGUGUGUACUGAGCCCAUAACCUGAAGUCCUUGCUGUGAUACUAACAGCCAAAUAGCAGGAGAUGGUACCUGAGGUGUGAUGCUGUACACACACACACACUGCUCCAGGUGGGCUGGGGCUGUGGUCACAGACUGAGGCAGCUGCUUUGCCCUGGUUUGCUCCCUCCUGUACAGAUCCCCACUGGCACACUGCAGGGGAUCCCUGGGGCAUGCACAGAGAAUAAAGAGGCUUUCCAGGAGAGGCAGAAUUCGCCCAGAUCAGUGCUCAUCUUCCUGCUGAAAGGUUAAGCAGGAAAUGACCAGGGUAUGCUACACUUUCCCUGCAUUCAGUGCAACCUUCCCCAGAGGGGAACAUUGCCCAGUGGCACACAGUAUAAACCAUGGCUUUCCCAGGUACUGUGACAUUUCUGACCAGGUAAAGCAAGCAGUGGAAUAGGCAGAGCAGUUCUUGCCUUUUAAUGGGUAUGACAGUAAGCAGCUGGUGGGAAGACAGCUGAGCUGAACUAAGAAAAAACAGAAACUGCUCAGAGUUGCCUGCAUCUGUAAGAACUGCUGAGUGAGCAGCUGGGAGAGAAAAUAGUGAGACUGACUCAGAAUAACUCCAUUAAAAUCCUACUGGAUACACCAUUGCUGGUCAGAUUACAUUUUGUUCUUAAUAUAGCAGUAAACACUUAGCCUUCCAACUUUCAUAAAAGGUCCCUCGGGCCACAACUUGGCCAUCCACUGGAAUAGAAACAAACAUGAAAUGGUUGCCACAAUAAGGAGUCUCUCUUGGCCUCAGUUUCUGCAGUGAAAGGUGAUGCCCUGAGGUGUAGAACUCACAAGCACCGGCGCGCCGCAGUGCACUGAAGCAGCAGGUUUCACUGAUUGCCUUUGAUUUCUAUUCUACCAGUCUCAAGUGCAGUGUUUAUAGCAAAACAAGUAUCUGAGGCCAGCAGUGGCCAUGGCUGCAGUGCCUCUGUGCAGUGCCUUUGACACUGAGAGAGCAGAGCAGGCUUUGCUGCAGACACGCUCCCAGGUGCUGAGGCACAGUGUGACCAGCAGCUGCCAAGCCUUCAGGCAGACCUUAGGGCUUUCCUUGGUCCCACAGGGGGAGGUUGUACUGCCACAUGUUUUAGUGACUACCCAGAGUGCAAAACAUCAUUAUGGAACUGCACAAGCUGGUGCAGUUCUGAGCAUCUCCAGAUAAACCUUGUCUCGUUAAUAGCAAUAGAAGGCCUGCACUGAGCCUGGCUGGACCAACCCAAGACCUCACCCAUAAUGUUUACAUUAAGUGAAAUGUAUUUUUAUUUGCAAACUGUUAUGUAACUACUUAAGUGAAUCAACAUAGACACAUACCAAUACUUUUAAAUAGGUUAUUUCUGACUAUCAGUUAAAAGUUUGUCUUUGUGCUCACUUUUGUAUCUCUUCUGUUGCAAUAGAAAAUAUUGACUGUAAAAUCAAGAUCCAUAAUAAAA